AUGGCCAUAGUCGCCGCGGAUAUAAUAUAUAAUAAAAAAAAAAAAAUACCAUUUGUUGGACGUUUAUCCUUUAGACAAUAUAUAAAAAACAAGCACCACAGAUAUGGUAUUAAAAAUUUUAAACUGUGUAUACAAAAUGCAUACACCAUUGGAUUUAGAGUUUAUACUGGUAGAGAAGCAGAGCCUGGAGUUGAAGUAUCAACUAAAAUAGUGAUGGAAAUGUCAGAAGAAUAUUUAGAUUUUGGCCGUACCCUUUAUACUGAUAAUUGGUACAUCAGCAUUAAUUUAGCUCACAAACUUUUAUCUAGAUCUACUAAUUUAGUUGGUACAUUAAUAGCAAAUAGAAAGCAUAAUCCACAAGAUGUUGUGAAACAUAAACUUAAAAAGGGGGAAAUUGUAGCUCAAAAAAGCAAUACAGGAAUAUUCAUUUUGAAAUGGAAAGAUAAAAGAGAGUUAUCCACUAAACAUGAGGACUUAAUUAGGCAAAUACAAACUAAAAUAGGAACUGAAGUUGGAAAGCCAGAAGUAGUUUUGGACUAUAAUCAAGGAAAAGGCCUAGUUGAUGUGAGUGAUUUAAGAUCUUCUUAUCACACUCCUCUUAGGUGA